AUGGCGUCUCUUGGAUUGGCUCAACGAAUCAGAAUUGGACUUGAUGGGAACUCGGGUGUUGAAAACCCGGUGAUGGGUCGGGCUGGUCGGUUAAAUUUCGGUAGAAAACGAGUUGGGUUCAGAAUUAUGGCAUUAGAGGGCCAAUCAGUGGAGCCCGAUCUAAGUGUAACUGUUAACGGGUUGAAAAUGCCUAACCCAUUUGUUAUUGGGUCGGGUCCACCAGGGACCAACUAUACAGUGAUGAAGAGAGCCUUUGAUGAAGGCUGGGGUGGUGUUAUCGCCAAAACGGUGUCUUUGGAAGCCGAUAAAGUAAAAAAUGUGACCCCUAGAUAUGCUAAACUAAGAGCAGAUGCAAAUGGUUCUGCCAAAGGACAAAUUAUUGGGUGGCAGAAUAUUGAGCUCAUUAGUGAUCGACCUCUGGAAACAAUGCUGAAAGAGUUUAAGCAAUUGAAAGAAGAGUAUCCAGAUAGGAUACUAAUUGCUUCUAUCAUGGAAGAAUAUAACAAAGCUGCUUGGGAGGAACUUAUUUACAGAUGUGAGGAAACUGGAAUUGAUGCCUUUGAAAUCAACUUCUCGUGUCCCCAUGGUAUGCCAGAACGUAGAAUGGGUGCUGCUGUUGGUCAAGAUUGUGAUCUCUUGGAGGAGGUUUGUGGAUGGAUCAAUGCUGUAGCCACAGUUCCAGUUUGGGCAAAGAUGACCCCUAAUAUCACCGACAUUACCAAGCCGGCUAGGGUGGCUCUUAACCAAGGGUGCGAGGGGGUAUCUGCUAUAAAUACAAUCAUGAGUGUAAUGGGAAUCAAUCUCGACACCUUGAGGCCCGAGCCUUGUGUUGAGGGCUACUCUACUCCUGGAGGCUACUCAUCAAAGGCAGUGCAUCCAAUUGCCCUUGCAAAAGUAAUGAACAUUGCACGGAUGAUGAAGUCAGAAUUCGGAGAUAAGGACUAUUCACUCUCUGCUAUUGGGGGAGUUGAGACAGGUGGUGAUGCUGCUGAGUUUAUUCUUCUCGGAGCAGAUACUGUACAGGUUUGUACCGGUGUCAUGAUGCAUGGAUAUGGUCUUGUGAAAACGUUGUGCUCUGAGCUGAAAGAUUUCAUGAGAAAGCACAACUUUUCAUCAAUAGAAGAUUUCAGGGGAACGUCACUUGAGUACUUCACGACACACACAGAUUUGGUGAGAAGGCAGCAAGAAGCAAUACGUCAAAGGAAAGCAGUUAAGAAAGGUUUACAAUCAGACAAAGACUGGACAGGAGAUGGCUUUGUGCAAGAAACUGAAAGCAUGGUUUCCAAUUAG